UCUUGGAGCGGGAGGCGGAGCGAAGCAGACAGGGAGGGAGCGACCGACCGGGGCCGCUGCCGCCGCCAUGAACCCCGAGUAUGAUUACCUGUUCAAGCUGCUCUUGAUCGGCGACUCGGGCGUCGGGAAAUCCUGCCUGCUCCUCCGAUUCGCUGAUGACACGUACACCGAGAGCUACAUCAGCACCAUUGGGGUCGACUUCAAGAUCCGAACCAUCGAGCUGGACGGCAAAACCAUCAAACUUCAGAUCUGGGAUACAGCCGGUCAGGAGCGCUUCCGGACCAUCACGUCCAGCUACUACCGAGGGGCCCACGGCAUCAUCGUGGUGUAUGAUGUCACUGACCAGGAGUCCUAUGCCAACGUCAAACAGUGGCUGGAGGAGAUCAACAGAUACGCCAGUGAGAAUGUCAACAAGCUCUUGGUGGGCAACAAGAGCGACCUCACCACCAAGAAGGUCGUGGACAACCCCACUGCCAAGGAGUUCGCUGACUCUCUGGGCAUCCCCUUUCUGGAGACCAGCGCCAAGAAUGCCACCAAUGUGGAGCAGGCCUUCAUGACCAUGGCGGCCGAGAUCAAGAAGCGGAUGGGUCCCGGGGCUGCCUCGGGGGGCGAGAGGCCUAGCCUCAAGAUCGACAGCACCCCGGUGAAGCCAGCCAGUGGAGGCUGCUGCUAGGGGGCGGAGCUGGAGGGCACUUCUUCUCAGAUGAUGCCCCUGAGGCAGGAGGCGGAGCCCCAAGCCUGCCUUCCCCCUCCCCCACCACCAAGGGGCAUUUGAUUCUGUGGCUUGUGGGCAGUGAGUGCUGUCACCCACUACCACCCCCAGCCUCCCUCCCGAAGCUCUUGGUUAGAUCUGUGCUGCAGGUGGGGGCCGGGGGACCUGAGCAGAGCCUCUGCCUGGCGGCCUAAGGCCUCCCAAGGCCUUGGAGAGCCCCCUUCCUGCCUCCCCAGCGCCUGUCCUCUCCCCAGCUUUCUUGGGGAGCUGGAAUCUCCCUUGUUCCCAGCUCGCUUCCCGCUUUCCCUCAGUGCUGCAGUGAGUCCUGGGGAGUCCCUGCACCCCAGGAGCAGGGAGCCUCUUCCGCCAGACCCACGGCCCCAGGUCCUGGGGAGGAUGAGCUAGACCUCAGGAGGGAGCGGCCCUGGGGAGCUUAGCCGCCCCCAUCUUCGCCCCCUUCCAGCUUCACCUUAGCCUCCUUUCUGGCUGCCGCUAACCCCUCCUGGCCUUGAGCUUUUAGCUCAAUCCGUCCAUAAUGGCUUGGGGGGGGUUGGGGGCGAGGCUUCGCACAAAGCCCAAGUGGGUGGGCGGCAGCAAUUUUGGAUUUGCAUUUGUGCUUGGGGGGGGGGCUGUUGUCAAUCACUUUGCCCCUGGUCCUUCGCCUGUCUCCCCUUCUUGGCCCCGGGAGCUGUGGAGGAGGAAGGCCUGUGCCGGCUCAGGCUGGGGGCAGAGCUCUGCCCUGCUGGAGCCGGGGCGGCCCAGCUCGGCUGGGGGCCUGCCUGCCCCUUGGCGGCCCGAGGAUUGUGCCCCUCCCCCCCCCAUGCAGCUGGCUUACUCGCUCCUGGUUUUUUUCCUUCCACCCCAGGAUAGAGUAAAUGGUAUUUCUUGCCUUGGUUCCAUUAAUUGUGUGCUCCCCCCACCAGUAUUUCUUCUUUGUCAUGGCCCCCUUUUCCCAAACAGCCUGAGUGCUUCAGUCCCAGUCAGCGUUGGCCAGGGACAGUCUCAGAGGCCCUGGGACUCCAAUUAAGGAGUCCGUUCGCCCUGUCUUUCCCUUUCUCGUCCCAUGGACCCCUGGUCAGUGUGACAUACACGAACAUGUACACAAAUGUGUUUCUGCUUGUAUUUGAAGCUGCAGGGUGGGGACCUCGCAGGGCAGCCUUUCUUUGAGGAUGCCAACCCCCCACCCCAUCCCACCCCCAUCCUUCCUUCCUACUCACAUUUCGUCCAGCAUUUUUGCAAGGAAAAGCCACUUGGGGAAAAGAAACAAGGAUAAAAAUAAAUCCUCAAUAAAUCUUCAGUGGCCUCGGGAGAACCCCCCCAGGGGGUUUUGCAA